AUGACAGGUGAAUCACAGUCUGCUGUGGAUCCACAAGAAGCGUUCGAGCUUAUCACGAAAAAUUUACAAGAGGUUUUAAAUGCGCAAAUCAUCAAGGAAGUGCUUGAAGUUCAAAAGAGACCUCUAAAGCUAUACUGGGGCACUGCACCUACUGGACGUCCUCAUUGUGGGUACUUUGUUCCCAUGACGAAGCUAGCGCACUUUUUGAAGGCGGGUUGUGAGGUUCGUGUGCUUUUGGCUGACUUGCACGCGUUUUUAGACAAUAUGAAGGCCCCUCUAGAAGUUGUGCAAUACAGAGCUAAAUAUUACGAAUGUGUGAUAAAGUCUUUGCUGCGCAGCAUCAACGUCCCUAUCGAAAAGUUAAAUUUUGUCGUAGGAAGCUCUUACCAGCUCUCCGCGGAAUACACGAUGGAUUUAUUUAGGUUGUCAAAUGCUGUCUCCCAGAAUGAUGCCAAAAGAGCUGGUGCGGACGUUGUCAAACAAGUUGCUAAUCCAUUGUUGAGUGGCCUGAUUUAUCCACUAAUGCAAGCUUUGGAUGAGGAGCACUUGGGCUGUGACGCUCAAUUUGGUGGUGUCGAUCAAAGAAAAAUCUUUGUUUUGGCAGAGGAAAACUUGCCUUCUCUUGGUUACAAAAAAAGAGCUCAUUUAAUGAAUCCAAUGGUCCCAGGUUUGACUCAGGGCGGCAAAAUGUCGGCUUCUGAUCCUAACUCCAAGAUUGAUAUUUUAGAAGAACCCAAACAAGUUAAAAAGAAGAUCAACACUGCGUUUUGUGCUCCUGGCUUAGUAGAAGACAAUGGCCUUUUAUCUUUCGUUGAAUACGUCGUAGCUCCCAUUCAAGAACUAAAGUUCGGUGCUAACUACUUCAAAUUUCACAUUGACCGCCCUGAUAAAUUUGGUGGUCCCAUUACCUACACAUCGUUUUCUGAUUUAGUUCAGGAUUUUAAAGUGGAGAAAUUGGCUCCUCCUGACUUGAAAACUGGUGUCGCUGACAUAAUAAAUGAACUUCUGGCUCCGAUUAGAGAGGACUUUUCUAAAAAUCCUGAGUUUCAAGAAGCUCAAGCUAAAGGCUACCCAGUCAUUGUUCCAGAGAAAGCUAAGAAGCAAAAGAAGCCAAAGAAUAAAGGCAGCCGUUACCCUGGUUCUCAAAGUGCUGCUACUGAUUCGGUUGCUGUUGUCGCUGACAAGCUAGCACAGACGGACAUCAAAGAGUCGCCUUAA